GUUCUGCGCCGGCGCGGUGCCCGCGAGGCGCAUGCGCGGUGCUGGGCCCGCCGCUUUGCCUCUGCCGUCGCUGCAGCGGCUGCUGUUGCCGCCUCCCUGUCGGCAAGUGUGUGAAGGAGGAGCUGCGAGUCGCCGCCGCCGCUGCCGCCAUGGGGAGAAAGUCGAGCAAAGCCAAGGAGAAGAAGCAGAAGCGGUUGGAGGAGCGAGCAGCCAUGGAUGCCGUUUGUGCCAAAGUGGAUGCCGCCAACAGGCUUGGAGACCCUCUAGAGGCUUUCCCAGUGUUCAAGAAAUAUGAUCGAAAUGGGUUGAAUGUCUCCAUUGAAUGUAAGCGAGUGUCUGGACUAGAGCCAGCCACUGUGGAUUGGGCCUUCGACCUGACCAAAACAAAUAUGCAAACCAUGUAUGAGCAGAGUGAGUGGGGCUGGAAGGACCGAGAGAAACGAGAGGAAAUGACAGAUGACCGAGCCUGGUACCUCAUUGCUUGGGAAAAUAGUUCUGUCCCCGUUGCCUUUUCUCACUUCCGGUUUGAUGUGGAGUGCGGGGAUGAAGUCCUGUACUGCUACGAAGUUCAGCUGGAAAGCAAGGUGCGGCGGAAAGGCCUGGGGAAGUUCCUCAUACAGAUCCUGCAGCUCAUGGCCAAUAGCACACAGAUGAAGAAGGUUAUGUUAACGGUAUUUAAACACAAUCAUGGCGCCUACCAGUUCUUCAGAGAAGCGCUGCAAUUUGAAAUUGACGACUCUUCCCCUAGCAUGUCUGGUUGCUGUGGAGAGGAUUGCUCCUAUGAGAUCCUGAGCCGGAGGACCAAGUUUGGGGACAGCCAGCACUCCCAUGCAGGCGGACACUGUGGUGGCUGCUGCCACUGAACUCCCAGAGCCACUUGCAAGUCACAAUGAUGUCUCCUAAGGCCUAUCCUCUUCCCUGGUCUCAUGCCGCUUGCCAGGUGCCCUCAGAGCUGGUGCCUCCUCAGCCCGGCACAUGCCAGGCUGUACCCUGAGAGCACAGAACCGUGGGGUGGAGGUCCAAACUACCCCUCCUCCUCUCUCCUAGAAGACCAGAGUGCCAGGAGGGAGUGGAGAGGGAAGAGCUGGCGGAGGCCCAGCCAUAACACUCAUCCGCACACAGUGGCUUCCUCUUUGUUUGGUUCCCCCACUUCUCUGCAGCUGGAUUCUCGACAGCUCCCCCCACAAUACACCUGGACAAAUGGAAUGCUCAUGCCCACCUUUAUGAAAGUCCUGGAGUCCUGGGUCUGCUUGUCCACAAAGAGGAAUGGACCCAGUGUAGGAUCUGGACAUAGAGAGAGGCUUCAGAGAGGCUCAUGCUUUCGUGGAUGGAACGCUCUGAUGGAGACUGUGGGAAGAUCUUUUGAGCCAAGAUACAAGGAAGCAAGGAAAGCUCUUCCUAGCUGUUUUAAUGGAUCCAUGGAGUGAAGUUGUCUUGGGACCAGCCGACGCUGGGAGGAAGGCGGCCUCUCUCUCUAUCAGUGUCAGUGAGAGAGAGGCUGAGAGGACCAGGAACAAGGUGCUGUGUUGGGACUGCUGUGGGCAUGAUGGCUUCUCUGGGCUCCUGGAUUUUGCUGCAUUCUAAGCUUAAGCUCUUAAUCUCACGGCAGUGACUUGAGCUUUUCAUCCAUAGAAGAAAGCCAGGGGUUUUGCUUGUUCCUCUCUCUUGCCCCUCACCACUCUUUUUCCCCUGUCUCUCGCCUCUACCCUAGAUACCUCUGUUCUUAGUCUCAAGGGGGGAGUAACAUCAGGGAGCCCCUCAUCUUCCCCCAGAAGGACCCCUCAUUCCUGGUGUAGUUAAUGCCGUUUCCUCCCAUCUCUUGGUGCUGAUAGUUCUCUGAAGGUGGGGCAUCCCUCCCCACCGCCACCCUCCCUCUUCAGAGAGCCCCCAGCCAGCAGCAGGCCUCUCUGCCUGCACUCCCCAGCCUCGCCCCUCGCUGCCUCAGUGAGGCACUAGUGCCACUGCCUGGCCCAGGCGAGCCAUAGCUCAGGCUACAACAGGAAUGCCUCUCAGUGGCCAAAACAGCUGCUUUUCUGUCUCUGGUGUCACCCUGUGGGAGCAGGGGGAGGAGAAGGCCUUCCUCCUCUCUUAAGGGAUAGGAUGCAGGCUUAGAACCUAUAGUCAUCCUCAUCUCUAGGCCCUGUUCCUGUUCCAGGGAAGACAAACCAAAUCCUUAUCAAGGAAAAAGCACCUAACACCUCCCCUUGGGCAUCCCUGAGCUCUGCUUUAGGGAGUGUCAUGAAGGUUCUAGUCUUUGUGAAGUUGCUCUCAUGGAAGUCUAUCAGUCCCUCUGACCUUAGUGUCUGCUCACAUCCUGCCCUCUGCCCAGCUCAUGCAGUCUGUCCUGGCCGAUCUCCCCAGAGUGGUCCUUGCUUCUCACCUGGAUUCCUGCUUGUGCAGGGGCCUGUGCGUGCUGGGCCUCCCCUGCCCAGCCUGGCCCUUUGCUGAGCACUCUGCCCUGCUUUUGACCUCACCAGCAGUGGGACUGGGUGCUCCUUGGAUAGGGCCUCGCAGCUUUACACUGGAAUGUCUACCUUUGCCCUACUCUGCUGGCUCCCAGGGGGUUUCACCCCAGGUGAGAGUUGAACUUGCUGGGAGGGGAUUGGUAGACUCUCCUAAGAAUCAUGAAAUGACAGAAGCAUGUUUAGGAAGAGGUUUUCCUCUGAUCCCUGUCUCUCAAAGGACGCAGAAUGAUAAAUAUUUAUUGUCUUAGAUCAUGGAUUUCUGAUACCUCCCACUUAAGGGGACCAAGAGGAGGCCCCAGUGUAAAUCCCAUGUAAGGUGAGUUCAGUGUAUGUUUUCUCUUUCCGGUGAUUGGACACCUGGCACCAAGCCUAUUGGUAGACAGGCACUCGGUGCAUGCCCUGCUCACCCCAGCCUCCGCAGGCCACACCCCCAAGAGCUGCUCAGGAGGUCUGGGCUGGGGCAGGAGAGGUGUCUGAGACCAGCAGAUCACUCUGUUGUUGGUGUCGAGCCCGUUAAUCUCUAAAACAUCAGUCUUUCUCCACUUGUCCUAGGUCUUGGUUUUGAGAAGCAUAGCAGGCCUUUUUGUCUGUUGUUUUUUGUUUGGGACAUGUUAAGAUAUUUUGUAAGAUUUUAAAAGUUUUAGUUGUAUUCAUCCUAUUUCAGGUUAUUUCGGUUGGCGUCAAAUGUGUAUAGGACACAUGUGUAUGGUUCUUUUUAACCUUUUCUGGUCUUUUUAGAGGGAAUUUCAAAUAUAAACUCCUUCUUGAUAUAUGUAUUUUUUUCUUUAGCAAUUUGUUAUCACUGGAAUCAAAGGGAAAAAGUGAUCUCUUUUUGCAUUGGUUGGAUUUGUAUGUCACAAAUAAAAGACACUU